AUGGCUGCGGCUCCCCGGACUCGUCGCGCCUCAGAAGCGCCCGACGUCAGAGGAAUCCGAAGGCAGCACCGAAGAAGAAACGGAAAUGGUCGCGAGCGCUGCAGGAAGCGGACCUUUGCCAAGGUGCUGCCACUGCUGGGCGCCUGUGCUGUGGUGGGGCCAUUCUGGGGCUCUGAGUGGGAGCCGGUGCGGGGGUUGCUGCCCCAGGACUGCAGCUGCAGGGAUCCCCGGUGCUGUGGCAACCUACUUGUCCUCUGCCUCUUUUUAAUCUGGCAGGUCCAGCACUUCUGGUACCAAGUCACAAGGAUCUGUUCCAGUAAGAAGAAUGUCAGCAAGGUGCCCCUGAAGGACUGGAUGGAAGAACGGGACGCAGCUUCCUUUGAGCUGACCCCUGAAUUCUUUAGUCCUCGCCACUUCAGUGACCUGGAUGCUCACAUCGAACAUGUGGUCCAAAACCUGAGAUGGAGAUACCAGAGGAGCCUGCAGGAAACCUGGGCCCAGUGCCUGUUCUGUCCACAGUGUCUGUGUCGGAGCUCGCCGUGGAGCGCCUGCACCCCCUCUGAGCCCAUCUUCGGCAUCCCCUCCCUUUCCAGCACCUGUCUGCUUCCUCAGAACAGUUCCUGGUAUCUCAGGGACCGCCAGCCUCACUCUGCCCUGAGCACUCGCCAGAGGAUAGAGCGGCUGGGGGUUCGGUCCCAGGAGGGGUUGUGGCCCCUGGAACACAACAUCAGCAGGAGGGCCGGCCCCACCUCCAUGACCUUAACCAUCUCUCUCCCGGACCUCCCUGCAGUUUCGAGGCUGCAGGUCUUUCCCAGAGAGUCCCUGCAUGGUCCUUCCAAGCAGCACCCGGGAAUGCUCACCUGGAAGGCGUGGGCGAGCUCACAAGAGACCUGGACAACACAGCGUGACAUUCAGACAGUAGGCAGAGAACACAGCGGAGAGAACCAGGCUUCUGGGUGGAGGACCCAGAGAGAGGGCAGAGAGAUCCAGGUUUUCCAGGGCCAACUCCCAACAGACUCUGGAAUAGGGGACAGCGCAGAGGCAAAGGCCCUGGGGUGCGGAAGGCAGAGACUGGGAAUCAGAGAAACCGAUGGAGAAAACCUGACACCAGAGUGGGAGAGCCGGAAGGGAGUAGAGGAUAAAGCCCGAGCUGAGGAGCUCGGGAAGAAGACGCACAGGGCAGCUGGAAAUAAGUGUCCUCCUGAAACCCAGGCCUCUAUGGGGGAGAACCAAGCACAGCCAAGAUGCAAAGCUGAUGUGGAGACCCAGACUCCAGAGUGGGGGUCCCGGGAUAAGAGCAGAGGUGCUGCUGCUGUGGAGACAUAGACAUAUGAUGGGGAGAAUCAGAAAGAGCCCAGAGAAGAGGAAGAGGGAGAAAUCCAGGCCCAAGGACUAGAGAAGCAGGGCCACCACGGAGAGGGCAAGGGUGAGGAGGCCCUGUCUGCAGAGCAGAGGAAACAAAACCAGAUGACAAGUGAUAUCGGUGCAGACACAGAGGUCAAAGAGGAGAGAAACAAGGGCCAGGCUGGAAGCGGGGAGGCUGUGCAAACCCAGACAUCUGGGGGAGAAAGUCAGGAAGUCAAACAACAGAAUGGUGCAGAAACCCAGUCCCGGGAGUGGGGGAAACAGGAGUGCAUCGGAAAUGAGAAAGUUGCAGAAACCCAGACACCAGUGCAGGAGAAGCAGGAUCGGGGUGAAAGCAAGAAAGCCGGGAAUACCGACUCUCACAGGGGAGAGGACCAGAGAUUGUCAAAACGCGCUGUUCAGGUGGGAAAGAAGCAGUUCAGGGAGAUAAGAGAGAAGGAUUGGGUGGUGAUCAAGUCACCCUGGUGGGGAAACCGGAGACUAGUGGUGAGCGAACUGAACAGAGAAUUGAAGACACCGUGUCAGGGGAACCAGAACCCGGCUGGAGAUGAAAACAGAGCAGAAAUCCAGGCAGCAGAGGAGAGUGAGCAGAGAAAGGGUGGAGAUGAAGAUGGUACAAACACCCGGGUGCCUGAGGCGGAGAACCAGGGAGAGUUCAGAGGGGACAGUGACGUGGAGACCCAUCUAGCAGGAAGGCUGAACAAGGAGUGCUUUGGGGAUGGGAGCGGAACUGAUAUUCAGGCACCAGGGAAGAGAAACCGGAGUGAGGUCAAAGGGGAGGAUGGUGCAGAGAGCCAGGAAGUUGGGGAAGAAAGUCAGGGUCAGCUGGGAAAUGAACUUCAUAGAAAGAGUUACCUUCCGAAGUGGCAGAAUCAGGAACGUUCUAGAGGCAAGGAGGGUGCACAUAUUCAGACAUCUGAGACAGGGAACUGGGGAGAAUUAACUGAUGGAGAAACUCCGUCGGCAGGGUGGGAGAAUGGGGGAAAAAACCAAGUAACAGCAACGAGAAACUUGAGAGAAGCUGGAGGGGAGGCUGGUACAGAGGCAGGGGCAGCUGGGGAGGGAAGCCAGAGCCGUGCAGGAUGUGACGUGGACCGGAAGAGCCAUUCGUCAGAGUGGAGGAAUCAGGAACAGAGGAGAAGUGAGGAUGGAGUGGAAAUUCAGGCCCCAGAGAAGGGAAGACAGAUAGUCGCUGGAAGGAAGGACGGUUUAAGGACCCAGAGGCCUGAGAGAGAGAACUGGGGAGGACUCGAGAGUGAAAUUGGAGGGUGCUGUUCUCUAGGCAGGGGGAGCUGGGAACAGACUGGAGGAGAGAACAUGGCCGAAAAUCAGGCAUCAAAGAAGAGAAAUCAGAAAGAGGCUGGAAGGGAGUGUGGUGGAAGGUUCCAGAGACUUACAAGUAGGAAACUAAGACUGUUGAAGAGCAGAGUCAGUGGAAAGGGCUGUUCAUCUGAAUGGAAGAAUCAGGAACAGACUGGAGGUAGGAAUGGUGUGAAAAUUCAAAUACGAGGGGAGAAAAACCCGAGAGGGAUGACAAGUGGUGAUGGCGCAGAGUCCCGGGCACUGGUGAGCGGUGGCCAUGGACAGCCUAGAAGGCGAACUGAUGGAGAGACCCGGAACACGAGUGCAGCUGAGCACGCUGCAGAAAUCUGGGGUGUAGGCAGCCAGAGAAAAUGCCGACCUGAGGACGCUACAGCGUCUCAAGCACUGAGGCAUGGAGAUGAGGGUCAGGUCAGAGGAAAAGGUGCUGCCAGGGCCCAGCUCCUCAGUGACUGCUGUAGGGGUGAGGGGCCCACAGGCAGAAAGUGCAGCCCGGCACAGUCCACAGCUCUCCUUGGCUUUGGAUGUUGGGCCUCGGACCAGGAACAGGCAGCCGCUGUAAAUGGUGGAGAUCCUGCUGCCUGUUCUGAGAUGAAGUCUUGCCCCGGCUGGGAUGGGAGUUUCCUGCUGGCCGGUGGGGAGGGAGAGCAUCUGGCCAGAUGGGGUGCAGCCCCUGCCAGCGAGUGCAGAGCAGCUGUCAGCCCAGCAUCUCAGCGGGCCCCACCUGGAUCCCAGAGAAGAAGGCCAGGGGACAAAAGGGUAGAUCCAGCAAAGGCCUCCAGCCUGACACAGCAGCCCAGGAACCCACAGUCUCUAGGUGUGCCCUGUGCCUGCUCCUCUCUCCCAUCUGCCCAAGUGCCCCAUGCUGCUAGAGCCCUGGCAUGCGCCCCCACUGUCUCUCCCAAGCAGCCAGUCCUCAAGAAGAGCAGACGGCUGCUCCUAGAGUCUCUCAUGCGACGGAGGAUCGCACACCUGAAGUGGGGCCUCCCUCGGAGGAUCCUGGAGUCGUAUCUGCUCUUUAGCUUCCUAGGCCCUUGCUCAGUGCCCCGGCCUGGAUUAUGCAGAGACCGGGAGGUCCAAAGUGAGCAAGAAGAGCAUUGUAGAGCCCAGGGAUCCACACCACGCCUUAAAUCUUCAAAGGAGCCUCAAAGGGUUCUACUCUCCGAAAUAAAAAAGUCAAAACUUCCCACACAGGCCAGGGUGCUGGAGAAGAGCAGACCGCAGAGGUCAGCACUAACAGGCAUUUCCACGCCCCCUCAGAAGCCCAGGAGAGCAAGGCCACCAGGGGGCGCCAGAGAACUACAGAUCCAGCAAGCGAAUCCCGCGGCCAGGCUUCCAGCUCCCAGGAGCCACAGCCCUGCAGAGCCUAGGAGCUGGUGUGGCCCAGGAAGUGUGGGAGAAUCUUCCAGUGGGAACAGCAGAGGCAGGACAAUGAUCAGGCCAGGGGUCUCCGAGAUAGCAGAGAGGGAUCCCAGCAGAGCAAGGACUUCACCUUCCAGGGCCGGCCGCAAGCCCUGGAAGGAGCAAAAAUCUGGGCCUCUGAGGCCCUCCGACUCAAAACCUCCCUCCUGCUCCUUAGGCACCUCCAGCUUCAAAGGGAGUCUCUACUCUGCCGGAGCAAGGCUGCGCAUGACCCUGCUGAGCAAGAGGUCCCGGGGCUCACAGCUGGCCAGGCCCCGGCCUUUGGCCCCUAACCUGAGCCUGAGGGGUCCAAGUCUGCUUCCCAAUGUGGGUGAUUCACACGCAGAGGAGGGCGCCAUCGGAAUCAGAGCUGCUUUGAAGCCAGACCUUCAGCCCCCAGGGCUCUGCUGGGCUGGAGCAGCUCUGCCUGGGACAGGGAGCUGCCAAGGUCAGGGGGCCUGGUGGAAUCCCACAGCUGCUCCCCGAAGGUUUCAUUUUAUGAAGCAUUUGCAAUGUUUUUUCUUUCAACGUGGCAUUAAAAAGUAGGGCACAGGCCCAGAGUCCUUAGAACAUGUGAGUGGCCCACUCAGCC